AUGGCCAAGAUCACCAAGAUCAAAGCGUGUGUGCCUGGUGCUGAAAUUCCAUUGAAGAACCACAGCACGGACACCGUUAGUUCUACCUUCACCUUACCCGAAAUGAAGUCCGUCGUCUCAUCGUUGAUGUCUAAGAGUAUAGGAUCUCUCUUCAUGGAUGGGGUUUCUCUUCGAAUGAUGAACAAGUUGGAAGAUGCUUACGCUUAUCUCAUGAAAGGACUUGUCGUUGGACCGGCAGGAGGUGAUAUCAGCAACCCCCAAGACGAAGAGGAUGACAAUACCCAUCUCAUCGGCCUUGCUGCUCUCUUCGCUAUUCCCGCGGACAAUUACGACGAUCACAACGAUGAUAACGCCGUAGUCGAAGAGGCAGAAGAAGAAGUUGAAGAAGGAUUCACCUCCCCUGACAUCCUUCCUCCCCCUCCUAUGAUCAUCAACCCCAACCAUAGUAUCGCAUGCGAAUUAUUCUGCCUUACUGUCCUACACGCCGCAGAACCUGAUGUCGUCCGAAUUAUCGCCAUCUUGCUGUUUCUGGUUAUCGCAUUGCGACUAAGAAUGACUACUUUUUCGAAGACGAUCAUUCUAUCCUAUGCCGUGCAUCGAGCUCUUCGUCCUAAUGAUUCAUGGACAGCCAUCUUUCUCAUGUAUCAGCUCUUGGGAUAUACCGCUUGUGUGGAUUGGAAGGUGUUUUGGAGUACUAUUUGGGAUGACGUGAGGGAGGAAAUGAGUUUGGAUAUUGUUAGGGAGAUUGUGCGAUUGGAGGAGAUUGAGGGGGUUUAUAUCGAUGUUGGUGGUAAUAGGAAUGGGGAUGGGAAUGGGGAUGGGACUAUCAAUGGUAUCGCUGACGGUACUGUUGAUGGUGUUGUUGAUGUUGAUGGCGAGGUUGAUGGCGAGGUUGACGGCGAGGUUGACGGUGCUGUUGAUGACGAUGUUGAUGGCGACAGUGAUGAUGGUAUUUCUGUUGUCAAUAUCGAUGUCGACAACGAUGUUGAUGUUGAUGACGAUAGUGAUGGCGGUGUUCCCCUUCAUAUUGACAUGGAGGUGGAUAGAGCUAUUGCAGAUGAUGGUACGUGGGUUUCACAAGAUGAGGAUGAAGCUGAACCUGUCGACCAAGCGUCGCCUAUGCCAGGGUUGUGGGUUGGGUUUUAG